AUGGUGGGUGAAAUAAUGGAAGAUAAGGCAUAAAGAGGCAAUGUCUUUGAGGCACCAGGUAGGUCACCUCAUAGAGGAUGUGUCCCAUUUCUCCUUCCAGCCAGUGGCCCUUUGCUGCAUGUCAUCUCCUCUCUCUCCCUCUUUCCUGUCUUUCUUUCAGCUGUCCUUUUCAAAUAAAGGCAGAAAGCCCCCAAAAAUUAACAACUCUUUAGCCAUGCAGCUCUAACAUAUACUCACACUGAGCACACUAAUAUUCUGAUGUUUAACAAGUAAAAUGUUCCAUGUUACCAUCUUAAUUUAGAGUGCUCGCAUUAGUGAUAGAGCGAUCAAUCGGGCUGAUUCAGAGGCAAAUCUAAUCUAAAAUCGUUACUGGCUAGUGUUAAAUAUAUAUUAUUUUGUAUAAUCUAUAGAAUAAUGCAGCUGAUUGAUGAUGCUUCUCACAUACUGUACCCUGCCCUCUAAACACCGGUCACAUUCUGAAAUCUACAACCCAAAGUAUUGUUCUAUUUCAUUCAUUAAUAAAAAUUCAAGUCAUAUUGAUCAACCACUAGUUUGCAUGCCAACAUUUGACAUUUGACAACAAUGAUUGCUAACAUUGCUCUGUGUCUGCUGUAUGUGUAACAGGCAAUUUUACAUCUGUUAUAUUGACUUAUGGUGAUGAUAUGUCAGUGUUGAUCCACUGCAAUCAUUUAAAGGCUUAGUCUGUAGGAUUUAGUGGCAUCUAGUGGUGAGGUUGCAGAUUGCAAUCAACUGAAUACCCCUUGCCUCACCCUCCACCUUCAAGCAUAGAGGCAAAACUACAGUGGCCACGAAACUUGCAAAAAACGCCCUAACUACAGCCAGUGUUUAGUUUGUCGGUUCUGGGCUACUGUAGAAACACGGUGGUUUAACAUGGCAGACUCUGUGGAAGAGGACCCACUCCCUCUGUAGAUAAAAAUAGCUUAUUCUAAGGUAACAAAAACACAAUGAUUAAUAUUUUCAGGUGAUGUUGUGGUGAUCUGGGACUGCAUUAGUUUUCAAUACCUUUUUCAUCUUAAACAUCGCAGAUGUAAAUCAUAAAAUUCAGAUGUUGGAUAUCAGCACAAAGUCUAUUAAAACACUCAGUCUAAAAAUAGGAACUCUGGCCAUGAAUCAACAUCUGUUACACAAGGAGGUCCAUAAUAGAGACCAUAUGGAUGGGACUAACCGACUGUGUGAAUGUGUGUUUGUGUGCAAAAGAACAUUGCCAUUAUCAAGCCUUCUUUCUGCCAUCAGGAAGAUGUGAUAGUCUGUUGCGGCAGCAGUUUAACAGUGAGAGAUAACAGCACGUCUGUCAACUGUCAGCCUGGCAGAUGAGGCAGGAAAAGCUCAUUCUUUCCCAUCUCUGUGACGCACCGCAAUCAGGAGUGUAUCUGCAGGUCAGACAAAGAAGCUCAGGAAUGAAGGACAGUUAUGUAGUGGAAUGAGGGUUCAGGUGACAAAUGGAAUAGUUAUUUAAAUCUGUUCUCUGAAGCCAACGUGAGUCAUUAUUAAUCUCAUCAGAAGGAACACUUUCUUGACCCCAGUCUGCUUCACCAUGUACAGUAUAUCCAUACAUUUAGUGAUGACUUCCUGGAUGGUGGAAGUUUUUCCUCCACGAGACACCCAGUUUCCAUCACAUUAGACUGUCUCGGUUGCUCUAUCACUAAUCGAAAGGAAUGUCUCCAAAAUGCUGCGUCAGGACACUCAUGAAACUUUGAGAACGUGCCUCAUCUAUUCUUGCGUUGAACACCCUUGCUCUUGCAUUUUUCUAGGAGCCUCUUUUGCUCAGAUAACGUAUUUCAGACGUGUCCAGUGUCCACUUACCCAAAGGAGGAACCACACACAGAACAUUUCACCAAGCACAGCGGGGGCAUGAUUGUAACUCUGUUAAAUAAACAUGAAGGAUUAUUUUGUACUACUGUGUUGACAUCCUGAGCAACUUGAAAUGUUCUUGAGAGUCAGCUCGGUAUCUUUCAUCCUCGAUCAUUAAGGCCUCACACCUCAUUGCAUUUCAAUUUCAUUUGGACAAGUGUUGUCUAAUAGAUAUAUCCUGUUACAUUCAACGGUAUCAACAGACCCUUGGUGUAUUUUGUCAAAAAGAAAUGGUCAAUGGAGCCUAGACAGCAGCUCGCAGAACUCCACCAUUUACAGAGCAAAUAAACAAAUGAAGAAUAUCAACCCUGGAGCACCCACCCAAACAAAAUAACGCUUCCACAAGGAAGAGGCUACAGGACAGUGUUUACAAAAUCCUCAUUAAGGAAGUUGUGAGAUAACACACGCUCAUGUGCAUCACACAAAGUUGAAGGCACGCACGCACGCACACACACACACACACCAGCAAAGAGACCAUAAGCACUGAGCAAUGCAGAGCCCACCAUAUCAUAGAUAAGAGACAGAAAAAAAGAACUGGGCAGAAGAGAGCAGAGCACAGAAAGAGACUGACAGAGGAGAGGACACAACAGAGAUGACUCAGACGGACAAAGUCAAGCCUUGGCCACCCUGUCACCGGAACUGCAGCCCUGUCGCAAAGGACAUCAAAAGGUGUGCAUGAGAAUAAAUGCUGUGAGAUCUGGAAGAGAGCAGCAGGAAUACACACUCCUGCAGAGAGGCUCACAGUGGUCAGUGCAAGGGUCAGCAACACUACUGUCUACUGCCAGGGAACCAGAACUUUCCAUAGCCUGCAGAUGAACUGACCACAAUUUAAAGUAACGUGUGGAUUAAGGCAUUCAGGGAUUACAAUCAUUUUGUUUUUACUGUUGCAAAAGCCAAUCCAUAGAUAAUCCCAGAGGGCAUAAUAGAAAGCUGCAGAUUGUCUUUCCCAUGGCGUGCAUUUGGAUCUCUCAACUGGGAACCAUCUGCAGCUUCAAGACUUGGCUCUUGCUGUUUUCAAUCCUGCUGCUCCAGGGGCCUUUAUGUGGACAGAGCAGCCCGAUCUCCAGCACUCAUCAGAGGCAUCGCCCUGCUCCGGGGCUGGGAGAUGGGCAUGGAGGUGUGGUGGAUCCGUCAUUGCUGGAGCAGGGCAACAACAUGAACAUGCAGAGCCUGCUGGAAAGCCUGAAGGAACAGUUUCUGCGGACUUUCAACCUCUCAGGCUUGGGUCCUCCUGCCCUGCCUCCUGGAAGCAUUCGCGAAGAGCCUCCUGAGUACAUGAUGGAGCUCUACAACCGUUUUGCUAAUGACCGCACUGCCAUGCCCACUGCCAACAUCAUCCGCAGCUUCAAAAAUGAAGAUUCAUCUCCCAGUGCUGUGGGUGUUGGAGGAGUGAGGCGUCACCCACUCCUAUUCAAUGUGUCAGUCCCACAUCAUGAACGUAUCACAGCAGCCGAGCUUCGCCUCUACACCCUUGUCCAGACUGACCGCCAUCUCUAUGCUGGUGUCGACCGUAAAGUCACUAUCUACGAACUGGAAUUGCAUGACAGAGACAACAACUUGACCGAUGAGAACACCAUGAGAGGCGAUGGAUUCAUAGAGGAAGGAGAGCGGAUAGAGCUGGUGGAGUUGGCUUCACGCCAGGUCUAUGGCACCGAUAACGGCUGGGAGGCCUUUGACCUCACUGCUGCUGUUCAACGCUGGCGCAAAUCUGACCGUGGCACUACGCACCAGUUGGAAGUGCACAUUGCCAGCAUGGGUAAUGAAGAUACUGUUCAAGGUAUGACAGGGGACAACAAAGACAGGGAUCCACCUGAAGGGGACAUGAAGAUUGACACCAGCCCUGAAGAAAAACACAAACCUCUGCUGAUUGUUUUCUCUGAUGACCAAAGUAGUGAUCACCGUGAUGACAAGCGUGAGCUGAACGAGAUGAUUGACCAUGAAACCUCUAACAUGGUUCUCCAGAACGACUUGGGGACAGGUCUGAAUGGUCUGUGGGGGGAGCUGGGGAGGGACAGGGAUGGAGGAGAUGAAGAAGUUGAGCCAGAUGAAGAGGACCUCAUCCAAAUGCGCUCCAAUCUGAUCUAUGACACUGCAUCUCGCAUCCGUCGCAAUGCCAAGGGAAACCACUGCAAGAAACAAUCUCUAUAUGUGGAGUUCAAAGAUAUUGGAUGGGACAGUUGGAUCCUUGCACCACCUGGUUAUGAUGCCUUUGAGUGCACUGGCAUUUGUUCUUUCCCGCUGACGAAACACGUCACACCCACAAAGCAUGCCAUUGUCCAGACAUUGGUCAACAUCAACAGUCCUCAGAAGGCGGCACGAGCUUGUUGCGUGCCCACCAAGCUGGACCCUAUCUCCCUGCUGUAUCUGGAUGACACAGGCGUGGUCACCUACAAGUACAAGUUUGAAGGUAUGGUGGUGGCUGAGUGUGGCUGCAGAUAGUCCAUGCUUAGCUAUAGAACUAACGAUGAAACCGGAGAUAAGCCAAAAGUAUCUUCAACAAAAGGGCAAUUGUUGGAAUCUCUGUAAGGGGACUCAGUGAAAUUGGAAGUGAACUUUCACUAUUCAUGAAACUAUGUGCGCUCCAAAAGAAUGACUGUCUUGUUUUAAACUACAAAACAGAAACAAGUGCUUUAUCAUACAUGGCCAAAGGCAUGAAUAUCCAUUGACAUCAGUCAAACAGUAGAGGUACAGUGUGCCGGAGAUUUACAGUCAACAUGGUGCCCAAAGUGAGACACAAGAUUUCCCAAGGGACCGAACCAAGCACAUCGUACAGUGUGUACGGCCUGGUGGGAACUAGUGGACCAGUUAUCCCCCUUCCUCCCCUUCCUCCCCUACCCCCUGACAUCUGUCUUCCUCUCCACUUAUCUCUGGCCUCCCCACUCGAUGCAAACACUAAUCAGCACUUCAUGUGUCCCGGCGCAGUGAAAUGACCUCCCUGAGGCAACCUGACAAGACAUGAACUCUCCAGGCCGACCUCCUGCCUCCUGCAGCCUCCUGAUACUAAGGCGCUGUGCAGGAGUCGUAGUGGCAGGGUUAUCUAUCCAAACCCUGUUUCCCACUUCACAUGCUUCUUUUCCACCCCCCCCGAGCUACAGCGAUAGCAAGGUGUGGGUGUUUGAGAAACAUGUAUGCCACCACUUGCGCAUGGAGAACUGGACGCCAUUCUGGUGAACUUUUGAGGUGGUGGGAUAGGGCAGUGGGACAAGACAAGGGGGCAGGGGUUUUCCACAUUCCUAGGCAACAAACAAUCUUAACUGGCUCAACUCAUUGACCUAGCACCAUGUGCCCCCAAUAUAUCUCUGACUCCUCAGUUGUGUCACUUUUAUGGUCAAAAUGGCCUUCUGGGACAUUUAUUUUAUGUAUUUGGCCAAAAUCAAGAGUUGAAAAAAGGUUGCAUUUGCUUUCGAAUAUCAAAAGGAAAUACAGCUACAGUUUUAAAAAGAAACCCUUUUGAUACCUCUGCUGCUUGUGUCAAAAUAAAGACUAUUUAUUGUUCUAA